AACAUCAGUACUGCAACAACAACACGAUGGCUUUCAAAUUUGUCUUGUUCGCUGCUCUAGUAGCCGCCGCCAAUGCCGGUCUUCUACCAACCGCUCCAGUAGCGUACACUGCUGCUGCACCCAUCGCCCUUGCAAAGUCUGUUCAACCAGAACCAUACGACCCUCAUCCACAAUACUCCUAUGGAUAUGACGUUAAAGACGGUUUGACCGGAGAUAGCAAAUCCCAACACGAAACCAGAGACGGAGAUGUUGUCCAAGGCCAAUAUUCCGUUGUUGACCCCGAUGGUACCCUCAGAACCGUAGACUACACUGCUGAUCCAAUCAACGGUUUCAACGCUGUUGUCAGCAAGCAACCCCUCCAUGCUAAAGUUGCUGUUGCCUCUGCUCCAGUAGCUUAUGCCGCACCUGUAGCUAGAGUAGCCACUCUUGCCCAUGCUCCAGUCUCUUACGCCGCCCCUGUAGCCACCCUUGCUCAUGCUCCAGUAUCUUAUGCCGCCCCUCCGUUAGCCACUCUUGCCCAUGCUCCAGUAUCUUACGCCGCACCUGUAGCUACCCUUGCUCAUGGUCCAGUAUCUUACGCUGCCCCUGUAGCUUCCCUUUCUCAUGGUCCAGUAUCUUACGCCGCCCCUGUAGCUACCCUUUCUCAUGGUUCAGUAGCUUAUGCUGCCCCUGCUGUCGCCAGCUACUAUCAUUAAUAAGAUGUUCGAUAAUCGAACUGAAUACUUGUGUAUAUAGCUAUUUAUUUCAAUAAAACA